ACGUUGACAACCGGAAAUCGAAACCUAUCGAACUGAAUAAUAGUAGAAAUGAAAGUGUCAUUGUGAGCUGUGAAGCAUGUCAGUGUGAACUGACAUUAUUAGUACCGUGUAAACCUGAUAUGAGAUCACGGUAACGAGUGUUUCCAGUAUGACAAGAUAUGACAUUCACGAGCUGAGGUAAACAUUCAGUGAAGUUCUGUCGCUUUCUGCUUGUAGUUAUUUUUAACUGUGCGAUAUGGAGUCUCCGUCAAGAAAUUAUAUUUCUCUGCUGAAUGAGUACCAGCAGAAGACUCAAUACACCGUCAAAUAUGAGGAGGAAUCCACCGAGGGACCGAGCCACAACAAAACAUUCACAAUGAGGGCUAUUGUAAAUGGUCAGCGGUUUCCUCAUGGCACUGGGAAAUCUAAGAAGGAGGCAAAGCAAAGUGCUGCCAAGAACGCCCUUGAUGGCCUCAGGAGCUCUCCCAAUAAUGAGUCUACGACAUCAUCUGUUCAAAACAUGUCCAACAACAUGAAUAUACCUUUGCGGAAUUACACAUGUUGGCUCAAUGAAUAUUCGCAGAAGAACAGGUUAUUAUUCAAGCCCCAUGAGACCAAUAAGAUGGAUCCAGGAAACUCUACUCAAUUGUGUACUUAUGUCUGUAAAUUCGUUUGCGCUGAUAGAGAGUUUCCGGAGGCUUAUGGAAAUACUAAGAAGGAAGCCAAAGAAGCAGCAGCUUUGCGUGUUCAUGAAGAGUUGUGCAAAACACAAAAUGCAGAGGUCUUUGACGAGAACAGCAAUAAAGCACAGGGGUCAGAGGUUGCAGCUUGUAGUGCUAGCCUGGACCGCCUGAGUUUGAGUGUUGCUGAUGAUUCCCGAAGCUCCACGCCUGACCAAAACUACAUUGCAUAUCUCAAUCACUACUGCCAGAAAAAUAAACUUGUGCAUGAUUUCCAAUUAGUGGAGAAAAGAGGCCCUCCUCACAACCCAGAGUUUGUGUAUAAAGUUGUCAUAGACGGGAAGGAAUAUCCUGAAGGACAAGGAAAGAGCUCGAAAGAGGCGAAGCAACAUGCAGCUCAGCACGCGUGGAGUGAACUUCGAGAUCAGUCUGGCUGGACCACACAGAGUUCGGAAGAUGACACCUCUUCACAAACCCAAGAGAGUUCUAAAUCUGAGGAUGCACGACUCUCCUCGUGUGAAACUCCCAGCGCCAGUGAUGCCAUCGUCUUCAAAGACUCAUCCGCUGUCAGUUCUCCUAUGGUCAUAAGUCCUUGUGUGAGCCCUCUGGAUGUGAAGCCGAAAAUAAAAUUAGCACCAACUUUUCUUCUGUCACCGAACGGCCAGGCCAAGGGUAAAGAGACUGUUCCUAAAAUGAACGCAAAAAAUCUGGCAAAGUCAUCUGGAGAUCAACCUUCAAACCCAGCUAUAAAAUCAAGGUUUUUAGAAGACUUUGACUCAAUAAAUCCGAUCGGCAAAGGUGGCUUCGGACGAGUUUUCAAGGCAAGACGAAUGCUGGAGAACAAAUAUUAUGCUGUGAAGAUAGUAAAGAGUCGAGAAAAAGCUCUUCGUGAGGUUGGAGCUUUGUCUGAUUUUAAUAACCCCAACAUCGUCCGCUAUUACACCGCUUGGGAAGAGGACACGACGUACAGAUACGAGUCUUCAGAGACCAUCUCAGAUUCUAGCAGUGACCCGGGGACAAAGUUCCUCUACAUUCAGAUGGAGCUCUGUGAGGGAGACACGCUGCGAGCCUGGAUUGAUCAGAGGAACUCUCCAAAGGAGCGUUUCCCAGAGAGGAGAGCGGAUGCGGCACGGAUCAGCGGACAGGUGCUGACGGCCGUGGACUACAUUCACUCCAAGGGCUUGAUCCACAGAGACCUGAAGCCUCCAAACAUAAUGUUCAGCAGUGACGGAGGAGUGAAGGUUGGAGACUUCGGCCUCGUGACUGCGGCUGAAAAUGACAAUGAUGAGCGAAUGCUGGAACGGACUAAAAGAACAGGAACCCGUAGUUACAUGAGCCCGGAGCAAGCGACUCAAACAUCCUACGACAAAAAGGUGGAUAUAUACGCUCUGGGCCUCAUAUAUUUUGAACUCAUCUAUAAUUUCAACACAGCGCAUGAAAAGAAAAAGAUUUGGGCGGAUUUAAGAAGUAGGGUUUUUCCACCAAAGUUCUCAGAGAAAUUUAGCUUUGAGCACAAGCUCAUAGAUCGCAUGUUGAGCGCCAAUCCUGAAGACAGACCGGACGCCACAGAGCUGAUCAGAGAACUGGCUCUGGAUAUUUCAGUCCUGAAGACAGAUAAAGACAUCAAGACCUUCUUUAGAGGAAAGGGAGAAGGAAUCGAAACCGAAACUUCUAGAAGGCUGGGUCAAAAUCCAACACGGACGGAGCUCGAGUGUGUUUUGGUCUUUAACGUUAUAGACCGACCAGAGAAGGAGCACAACAAGAAUCUGACAGCUGUAAGAAAACAUUUGGACAGAAUCAAAAUGUCUGCCGACUUUGAAAUGGAGAAGAUGAUCGUUGACUUCUUGAGACAAAAUGGCAAAAGCACAGUUUUAACCAUUUUUAAAAAAUUCGGACUAAACAGAUCCACCGCGAACCGGCAUUUGUACAACCUAGAGAAAUCACAACAGGUGUUCAAGUCUGACGAAAAUCCUCCUGUGUGGGAUCUAAUGGAGAACAAGACCGAGGCCAAACACACACUCAAACCAGAGCUAAAGACCCAGACGACAAGAGACUCAAGAGACUCAUGCGAAGAGGAACAUGUGAGGGAUCUGCUGAAAUCAGGAGCUUUAAAAGCCCAUCAAAUCGCCAAAUCACUGGGACAGACACCAAAAGUGAUGAAGAAACAGCUGUACAUUAUGGAGAAGGAGGGAAAGGUACAGAAAUGUAAAGAAACCAGCACUUGGACACUGAAUGACGAGGAGACCAAUGGAAGUUACAAUCAAGAGAGUUCCUGUUCCAGUGAUAAUAGACUGGGCUCAAAUUCAGGGUUGUCUCAUAGUUUUGAUGUGAUCGCAGAACUUGGCGAAGGAGGCUUUGGCUGCGUUUAUAAAGUAAAGCAUAAAUUUGAUGACAAGAUCUACGCCGUAAAGAAAGUCGUUUUUACUGGGAAAGCUGUUUCUGAGGUGAAGGCAUUGGCCAAACUAGAACAUGCAAACAUAGUGCGCUACUUUACAUGUUGGUCAGAUUCUGAGAACUGCACAUCAAACCAAGAAAGAAGCAAAGCGUCCAACACAUCACGUUCUUCUUCAGAUGUAGUGACUUUUGACAGAUCUGGAUGUGAAGAGAAUGAUGAUGAUGAUGAUGACGGUGAUGAUGAUGAUGCCGACGAUGAUGAUGUCAGUGAUGCCACAUCAGGAAUGGCAAGUCUGGGAGUGACAGCAGACACCGGGACGUACUUGUUUAUUCAGAUGGAGUUCUGUGAGGGAGGAACACUGACUACAUGGAUAAAUGACAGAAAUCAUAAGGAAACUCAGAGAAACACGAUGGACAUCUAUAAAAUAUUUUGUGAAAUUAUCAGUGGAGUGGAAUACAUCCAUUCAAGCAAUCUCAUCCACAGAGACUUGAAGCCUGAUAACAUAUUGUUCGGCUCUGACGGCCGAGUGAAGAUCGGAGACUUUGGGCUGGCGGUGCAUCAGACCAAUGACAGCGGUGACUCCAUAAAGAGGUCAAAGGGAAGAGGAACACCUCCAUAUAUGAGUCCUGAGCAGGAAAAGGGCAGUGAUUAUGAUGAAAAGACAGACAUAUUUCCACUUGGACUCGUAUGGUUUGAGAUGCUCUGGAAAAUAUCUACUCUUAGCGAGAGAGUGGAGCUGUGGCCAGAUCUGAGAAAGCAAAGGUUUCCGGAAGGUUUCUGUGACCGUUAUCCGACUGAAAAUAAAUUCAUCAAGGAGAUGCUGUCCUCUAAACCCGAGGACAGGCCACAAGCAAAGGACAUCAGAGAAAAACUUGAGUCGUUUUUCUCUGUGAAUCACCUGUUAAUCCAGAAAACAAUUUGACAUUGUUUGUAUUGAAACAGUAGUUUGGUAGAAUCCACUCAAAAUAAUGUUUUACCAAUGUU